AUGCACAAUGCUCUUCAGGCAAUCAAAGACAUCGCUCGUAUUGACAUCGAGGCUCCUUACUUUAAUGUCACUGUUAUCACUGUCCCCGACUGUAAGGACAUUGCUUUCAUUACACGCACCCACCACAUCUUAGGUGAAGUCUUCUCAAUAGCCAUUCUAUUCCGCGAUGUGGAAAGCGCUCUGAGGGGCGAGACAGUGGUUCAGGGCACUCGAUGGGCCGACUUUGCCCGCUUCAUGGUGACUACAAGCAGCAGAACCAACCGACGGCAAUUACUAGAUUCGAAAGGAUUCUCGGACCGCUACCGAAUACAUCCGUAUUACAACUUCCCGCACCCAAGACACCGCCUGUGGACAACUACUAUGAAUUGA